AGAAACCAUCCAGUCGAGGUUGGUGAUGGAUUCCGAGUGUCGUGGCAUUUGCGUAAUGAAGAACACGUUUCAAUUACGUCAUCAUCUUCAAAUUUCCAAAUCACUGUGAUCCAUAACGUAAAACAAUUAGACAAUAUUAAGGAUGUGUACAUAAAUAUUCCUGUUAUCGAAGUCAGACUUAUCACUAUGCAGUUGUUGAUAGUGACAUUAAUCACGACUUCGCUUAUGUUUCGAGUGCCAGAAGUUGGAUUAAGAUAAUAAUCUAGUGCUGAACACGAUAAAUACUUAUCAUAGUAUUAACUAAUAAAAAUCACUUCAGUUAGUAAUUAUCAAUGACAAUUUAAAGAUUAAUUAAAUACUUUUGAUGUGAUGGCAAUUACGCAUUCAUUCCAAAGCCGUUGCAUUAGUAAUAUGUAAAAUGUGACUAGAAUAAUCCUCAUGUAAUAUAACAAAACGUUCUAAGACACAUUAUCCAACAUUUUAGCCGAGUUUGUUUAAAAUCUAUUAGUCGUCAUGACGCACUCGUCAAGUUCGAGCAAUGCCAGCACACCGUCACAAUCGGUCAAAUCUUCAGAACACAGGCUGAAGGUUGCUGUCAGAAUUCGACCUCUAAGACUGAAUGAAAAUCAACGUGUGCUGCACGCCCUUGAUAAUAAGAUGGUUGUACUGGAAGACGAGGGCGACAAAAACGACGUCCUGCGUCAAAAGAGGGGCGGAGAGAGACAGUACGUCUACGAUGCUGUCCUCGGCGAAGACUCCACACAGGACAUGGUGUACGAGGCCACGUCCAGCGGCCUGGUGUCCGACGUGCUGUUGGGUUACAACGCCACUGUGUUUGCUUAUGGUGCUACGGGAUCUGGUAAGACACACACUAUGGUGGGCAGUCCUCAGCAGCCCGGGAUCAUGGUCAGAGCCCUCAACGACCUCUUCCAAGCUGUGAAGGACUCAAAGAAUCCCGAGCAAUUCACAGUGACGAUGUCGUAUCUUGAGAUAUACAACGAAAAUAUCCGCGACCUCUUGAACCCAAGUUCAGGUUUUCUCGAGCUGCGUGAGGACUCGAGAGGACGAAAUAUCCAGGUGACGCGUCUCUCAGAGAUAUCCACUACAUCUACUGACGAGGUUAUGCAUCUUCUGCAGAAAGGAAAUCGAGCACGCACUGUUGAGCCCACAGCUGCCAACAAAACCUCUUCCCGCUCACACGCGCUACUGAGCGUUACAGUUCGACAAACCUCACCGCUCCAACCGCCCGAGCAAAUGAGAUCACGAAUCAAACACGGGAAGCUGUUCAUGAUUGAUCUGGCGGGGUCAGAGAGAGCUUCACAAACAAAGAAUCGAGGAAAACGUCUGCAGGAAGGAGCGCACAUUAACCGUUCCCUACUGGCCCUUGGUAACUGCAUCAAUGCCCUGUCUGGUGGUGCGCGUUAUGUGAACUACAGAGACUCCAAGCUGACGAGACUAUUAAAGGACGCAUUGAGUGGGAAUUGUAGAACCGUCAUGAUAGCACAUGUCAGUCCAGCGGCCAUGCAUAAAGAGGAGAGCCGAAACACGCUACUGUAUGCUGAUCGAGCCAAGAAUAUUUCCACCAAGGUGGAGCGCAAUGUUCUGGAUGUAUCAUAUCACGUCUCUCAGUACAGAACUAUCAUCAGCGAACUCAGAGAUGAGAUUUCCAGGUUGAGAUCCAAGAUGGAGGAAGAUCGGCCUCGUUCUGGCGACGCUUCGAACAACAGAGGAGGGAAGCUGAAGCUACUCAGAGAAAAAAUUGUCUCAACAUUCAGGGAGCAGAUGAGAUUAAGGCGUCGUCUAAUGGAGUACAAUGCCCAACUUUUAAGUCUCAGCACUGAAGCUGAGCAACAACACGCAAUUAUUUCUCAGUGGGAGUCUCAAAACAACAAGCUGUAUAAGAACAGUCACAAUACUGCCGUCAGGUUGCAGAAUCGAAGACCCAACACCGAUCCAGACCUUGCUGCUGACCGAGAAUUCUUGGGUACGGGAGGUGAUGGACCACUGCAGAUCGCCUGGUCCGAACUUUCUUUCAUCGAGAAGGAGCAAGAGCGCUACGCAGAGCUCAGAGCGAGCACGGAGCGUGAACUGGAGAACUGUAAGCAGCGGGGUGCUGCACUAGAAAAUGAGCUCCCAUCACAAAUCAGUUCAGAUGACGAACGUGAAUUACUGGCCCUCAUGUGCCGUGUCCAUGAACUGGAGGCGGAGAAGAUGGCACUACAGAGUGAACGUCUCAUCAAGCAGCACGAACUAAGGCGACGUGACCUCGUCAUCUUGCGCUAUGACCGUCAGCGUCACAUCUGCGAAGAAAUCAUCACUAGGCAGCGAAAACUGAUGGAAGAAGGACGUGUCACAUUGCCACCAGAUCUACAAGAGCUAUACAGGCUUUACCAGCAAGAGAUUCACGCAUCCACAUACACAGAUGCCAGUCCAAGUUACGAGUCUGGUGUUCCUUUCAGCAGUUACACCAGAGACAAAGACAAGCUGCCACCUAUCCACCCUAGCGCAGAGCCUCUCUUCCAUCGAUCCAUGAGGCGCGACACUGACAACGAUCUGGACCAUGUUGAAAGUGACAUCACCAUGAGGACACCAAACAGCUCCGCAGGUUCAGACUACACGCCUUCACCUCUUCCUCCAAUCCCAGGAACAACAGCGGUUGCACGUCUGGGUCAACUCUCUUCGCUUCCUCCACCGGCAGUGCUCUUCCCUCCCAUUGCCAACCCCGGAAAACGGUCGCUUGAUACUUCCAGUGAACAUGGGAUGAGGAGAUCUGCAAGUGAUGACAACUUCGUUGCUUCUGAAAAGAUGUUCUCCCGUAUGUGAUCAUAAUAAAACAAGACAUGGAUUCAACAACAGAAGAAUCUGGAACACUGAUUAUCUGCUCUGAAGACUCAAACAUAACUACUAUGUAACAAAUGUGCUAUAUAUGUAUGAUAUGUAUUUAAUAAAAUAUUUUUUGACGCAUAA